CCUACAUACGAGUGUAUCUCCUUCCUAUUUAGCGCCGCUAGCCAUUAGGAGGAAAAAGAACCAUGUCCCAACCUGCACUGAUAACCACAACGCACGACACGAACGGCCUGUCUGUCUUCCGCGAUAGCCCAUCGUUCAAGGCCAUCACCCCGCGCGUUGGCAUGCUUUAUAGCACUGCUGCAAACCAGCCCGUUAUAUUAGCCGGUGAUAAUGACCUGUUUGCGCAUGAGGCGCGACACAAUAAACCAAUCCCCACCGAAGGCAGUGUUGUUCUGAUCGCCGAAUGGCCCCCAGGCGCCGAGUCUCCAAUGCACAGGACGUUAAGUGUUGACGUUGGCGUGAUGACUGCAGGAGAGAGUAUGAUCAAAAUCUAUCGUGUCUUCAUUCGCUAUUAUUUUGCAUGUUGUAUUAUAUGUAUAUCACCUUGCUAACGACUUCCGCAAUAGUUGAGCUGGUAUUGGACAGUGGCGAGUCGCGCAUCUUGAAGCAAGGUGAUGUCAUGUUGCACCGCGGAACGAAGCAUGGGUGGAAGAAUCGCAGCGAUACUGAGAUAGCUCGCAUGAUAUGCUUCGUCCUACCUUCAGAGCCGAUUCCAGGCGCGAACGCGUAACUAGUGAAGCAUGCUACAAGUGGAGAUUAUUAAGAACCGGAAUUCAAGUAGCCUGACUGAUAAUAGAUACGUAGCUGCUUAACAAAGGAAAUUCCUAGUCAGAAUAAUUCCAUCUAUAUCAAUUAAUCCAUUGAGACAUAUAUAUAAUGUGGCUG